GCUUAUAGCGCAUAAAUUUAUUUACUGUGACAUAGGCCUAAAUUCUGAUCUAGACCUAUUACCAUUCUUAAUUAAACCGUCUCUAAGAUUAACGAUUGUCUCUUCCUUCUGGCAUCGAAUAGUUUCGUGGCUACCUAGCCUUUGUAUUAUCAGACAGAGAAGUAAUGUAAACUUCCAAAAUGAACAAAAUCAUUAGCAUGUAGAUUUUUCUUUUUGAAUUGUGAUGGUUCUGCCAUUCAUAAGUUAGCUUCUUAUAGUAAACACCAGUCCAGGUCCUUUCAUUGUUUCGCCUGAAAACACAAACGUUUAUGAUGCCUCCAAAUGGCAUGUAAAUUUUCUUGAGGAGAGAAAAGUUUCCUAACUGACUCAAGAUAAUAAACAUGCAAACAGGUAGCGUGUUUUUGCAGUGCCUUGUUGUUCCGUUUUACGUAAUCUUAAAGCGUAGCUUGAAUUGAUUUCGCAAAUUAUUGAAAAUUGUUCUGUCGAUAGGCGUAAUUAGUAAGCUAUAGCAAGAUAAAAUAAGAGAACUAGCUCUGUUCUCUUAUUUUAUAUUGACUAUAGAAAUAAUCAACGCAAAUAUGCGAAGGCUUGUCUCCGGUAAUUCUUAUUAGGAAUUUGAAGAUCCCGUUCGACUAACAAUUCAGCGCCAUGUUAUUUUGACCAAGUUCAACAUUACUUUUAUUUAUUUAAGUUUUCAUAAACAAGAGUUUCUCCGCUUAUUAAACCUCUACUUAUCAAGCCCCCAAUUUAUGAAGUUUUUGACUUUUCCCCCAUUUAUUCCAACUCCCGUUUUUGCCUGACCUCCGAGUACGAUUGAUAAAUAAUGCGUUCGCGUAAUUUUUUUCCAUUGGGGGUGGGGUCGUGUAAAUCUUUUUUCACAUAUAUUUUAGUCAAUUUUCUGCAAUCAUUGCUAAGAUUUUAAUCAGUUUUGCAAAAUUCUUGGUUCACCCUUAGAUAAGGAGCAUACGUAAACGUAAUCAGUAUACCCAAUUCCAAGCCAUAUACGCAAUCCUUGUCAUUUCACGGGAAUCCAAAGGAUUAGGAUGGACCAUUCUUUAGAGCCGUGGCUACAGGAGGGGGAGGGGGCCGUUGUCCUCCUACUUUUUGCUAAAUUUACGAUUUAAGCUAGCCCAAAUUUUCAUAUAGAUAAAUCUGUAGAUACAGUAAUACAUUGAAUCAAAGUCUACAAUUAAACAUCGCCAGCAAAUAUUUUGCCAAAACAGGGGCUAGGCCUGUUGUAUCUCAGUCCAAAUGUGUACUCCCUAAUGCUCUGAGAUUGUCGAACCAGCAAAACUUCCUUUAUACUCAAUACUCUUGCUGGGAGAAUCCCUGCAGUAUCUAGUUAUAGCUGGUGUCUUCCCAUUGUCAUUUUUCAACUGGUGUGCAUAGAAUUUAAAUUCAAUACGCCUUUCCUGAUUCGCAACACUUAACCAUUCCAUAAGAUCGCUUUUACUGAGAGGUUUUGUGUGCACAACAGAGGUGGAAAUGAUUUGCUUGUCUCAGAUUUACUGUUGCUGAGCGUUGACGCUAUUACAUCUUACAACCGUUGAGUUAAAAAGCAGAUUUUGAUUAGACAGUAGAACACAUUACCAGAGCUGCCUGGAAGAUCGUAGAUGAAUUAUACAAAGCGCUUUUGGACACACUGCCAAGACGGGAAUUAGAAUGCAAUGAAAAGAUACGUUCUACUUUGUCAAUUUGCAGAAAAGAGUAGAUAUUGGAUUGGUAGUUUGGUGAAGCACAAUGUCCAAAGCCGUGUGAAACAAUUGUCACCUCUCUUAAAAACGCAUUCAAUUAACUUUAAUAGACGUCUCUGAACAUGCCGGGAAGAAUGACAGCGCAUUCGGAUUGUCACGUAAAGUUUAUUAUAGUGUCAAGCAAAGAAUGAAUGUGACGAGUAAAUCUUUAAUCGUUGCUUAUAAUCAUAUACACCUAUAGAAUAUGGAGGCAAUAUUAAACCAGGAAGACGUGAAGGAGUAUUUGUUGAAGAAUCGAGAAUUUACCAACAGCUUCUUCGCAGAACAUGCAACUUCCGAAAUGGUCCAAAAGUGGUUUCAGCGAAGAAGCAAGGCGCAUGUAGUAGGCAAUCAUUAUGAUACACCUAGUAGGUUCUCUUUGGCAGUUCAGCAAGAGGUUAGCGAGGAAGAAAGCGCGGAAGAAAGUCCUGGAGCAGAGCAAAAGGAUAUCGAUAGUGCCAUUUCAAGGCGGAACUCAGAACCCUAUACUGCUACUGCAAACAGAAAAACGUCUGCGUUUAGGGUACGUGAAAUGCGGAAGAAAAAAGCUUUGACAGAUAUAAGACAAAAACCAAUUUUAUCGCAAACUUUUGAUGAAGUAGUUGAACCAGAAGGAGUCUCUAAGCUGGUGUACUUGAAACCAUCGUUGAGAAAAACUCAAUCGGCACCAAUUUGCAAGGAUAUCUUCAACAGGUUAAUCAAUUCGAGUGUCUAUUUACAUAAUUUGCCAUCGCAUGAUUGGCAGUACAAGUUGGAUUUAAGGUCUGCAAGCGAAGAUGCAUUUUUUAAUGAAGUCAUACAAGAUAUAAUGCAAGACUUAAAUUUGAAAACACUGUGCAAAAAGUUGAUUCUCAGCGUGGGAAUUAUAACUGAUGCUUGCAGUGCCUCUUUGUUUCUCGUUGAAAAGAAGGAACAAAAAAAACUUUUGCGAGUUUGUUUUGAAGAGUGGAAAUUUGAUAGUGACAAAGACAUUAGCGUAAACGCCCAAUUUUCAGAUGAAGUUCGUAAUUUUGGGGAAGACGAUAUAAGCCGAGUUGCUGAAUCAGGGCAAGCUAUCUUAACAGCAUCUGAGAAUUCUACAUCAACUGGGCAAGAAAAUACUGGUGGGGGAGGGAAUGUUAAAGAGACGCUAACAAAAGCGAUUAAAACACCAACUGGAGAGGUGGUCGGCGUCAUUUCCCUCUCGGCCAAAAAAGGUGUCUGGGCAGUUAACGAGCAAGAUGUUCUUGAUAAAUACUUAACAUUUUGCGCAAUCAGCCUGACAAAUGCCAGAAUAUUCAGUGUAUCGAAGGAAGAGUUCGAUCGAAAUAAGGCAUUGCUGGAACUGGCCCAUGAUAUUUUUGAGGAGCAAACGUCUUUGACAAGUAUGGUAAACAAGACAAUGCGACGAGCAAUCAAUCUGUUUUCUUGCAAGCAAUGCAUGCUGUUGAUUAUUGCUGAUCCUAAGCACAAGAGCCUUACUUCGGAGGAGCGCUUCUCGCACAUUUACAAAAUGACUCAAUCAAAUGAGCGAAUCGCAGAUCUCAAAUUUACAAGUGUUCUUCGAAACAGCAUGGAUAUUGUAAAUGAAGAUGAGCUCUGCACCGAUUCAGUUGCUGAUUUCGUCUCUGUGUCUGGGAAGGUCUACAAUUCGUCAAUAUUAAGGAGAGAAAAUGGCAUGAAUGGUAAUGCCUGCAGUUCUGAAUCUGAGCCCGUUCUUUGCUUACCAAUAAGAAACAACAAGUUCCAAACUAUUGGUGUAGUGAAGAUCUCGAGAAGAAUUGGCGAUCACCAGUUCAACGAAAAAGACGAACAAAUACUCGAGGCCUUUACAAUAUUCUGCGGUCUUGGUAUCAGUAACUGCAUCCUGUAUGACAAAGUUUGUCGAGCAAAGGCUCACCAAAAAGUUGCUUUGGAGGUGAUAUCGUACCAUACAUCUGCAAGUCAGCUAGAGUUGGAAAAGUUGAAGCUGUCACCUGUGCCAUCAACAAAGACGCUCAGACUCAAUGAUCUGAAAUUUAAUGACUUUCAAUUACGAGAUGAUGAAAUGCUUACGGCAGCUACUCGCAUGUUUAUAGAAUUCGAGUUCUUGAAGACGUAUAGAAUUGAAAACGAGACACUCUACAGGUGGUUAUUGACCGUCAAAAAGAAUUAUAGAAGGGUUAUUUAUCACAACUGGAGACACGCUUUCAACGUUGCGCAAUCGAUGUUUGCCAUUUUGACGUCUGGCAAGCUGAUUGAAAAACUUUCUGGUCUCGAAUGUCUAGCUUUGUUGGUUGGCUGCUUGUGUCACGACUUGGAUCACAGGGGUACAAAUAACGAGUUUCAGACAAAGAGUGAAUCCGCACUGGGAAAGUUAUAUGGCACGUCAAUUAUGGAGCAUCACCAUUUCAACCAUGCGGUAGCAAUAUUGAACAGCGAGGGAAACAAUAUCUUCAAAAACCUUACAUCAAGCCAGUACAAAGAAGUUAUGAAGUUACUGAAGCAUGCCAUCCUUGCAACGGACCUGGCACAAUACUUCAAAAUCAGGGAUACCCUGGCAUCGUUGCUGGAGCAAAACGAAAUUGACUUUAGCAAAAAUGAGCACAGGACAAUUCUCAGGGGAAUUUUGAUGACUGCCAGUGAUCUAUGCGGGAUAACGAAGCCGUGGGAAAUCCAGAAAGAGAUCGUCCACUUGGUCACGAGCGAAUUCUUCCACCAAGGUGAUAUUGAGAGAGAGAAACUUCAAGUUGAGCCACAGGCUAUGAUGAAUCGAAAGCAUAUCUUACAAUUACCAAAGCUACAAGUUCAGUUUUUUGAUGUCGCUGGCAUACCUGUUUACAAGACCCUAGCAAGACUGAGCUCCAGUCUGCAGGCACUUCACACUGAUGCAGUUUCAAACAGGAAUCGUUGGGAAGAACUAAGCAAAGAAGUCGAAAAUGGUCACAUAGAUCCUGAACUUGAGCCGGUGCUGAAGCCUGUGAACACCCAACAACAUCAAACGACAUAUUUAUGAUGUUGAGCACGAAAUUUCAGCCUCAUUAGAGCUUUCCAUUAGCAAAUCUAAGGGAAACUUUAUCAUCUAAUAUGGGGAUCUCAAUCAACUCGUAUUGUUAUCUCUCCGAGAGAAGUAGGACACAUUUGUUAUUGAAACAAUUAAUUAGAAGAUGCCAUUGCCUCGUGCUAUGUUCUAUAAUGCAGUAAAACGUUGCCAUAUGGUUGCUUGAUUCUUUGAGCAGCUGUGAGUGAUCAUGCCCUGUGGCAGUCCGCAGAGGCUUAGCAUUUCAUAAAUGAGCAAAUUGUAAUUGUGGUCAAAGAUUUGAUAGCAUCAAUGUUUGCUUUUAAGUUGCUAGAUAGCUGCAAAUUUCUAGUAGUUGACUAAUGACAUAAAAUGGCGUGUUGUGACUAGAAAUGUUUUUUUCAAGGAAAAAAGCGUGACUUAUGAUACUGUGGUACCUUUUUUGUAGCAAAAUGUUAUUCUAAACUUUAUAACCAUAUUCUAGAUGUAGAAGUAAAAACAUCCAAUUCAAAAGCUUAUACACUAUUCCAAACUUUAAUCCCAUUCAGUACUUACAUAUUGAGAAUAGUAUUAGAGCCAUAGUGUAAUAACAUGCUAUAGAAUCCGGUGUGAACAUUGAAUUAAUAAGGUCGUCGGUAAAGAUCUAAUACAGCUCGGCAAAAAGUUUGAAACUAAAUUGUUGAAUGAGUAGAAUUAUAUGUUCAACGGAUGUCGGGUACAAAGCAGAAAAUUUC